GUUCGUUUUGAGGGAAACCGGUCCACAGCCAACUGCUGCCGCAUUGUAGGUAGUUGCAUUCUCGUCUCUCAAAGCAAGUUUCCACGAUUGCAGCUCUGUAUGAUGACGUCCUCAAGUUUGGAGUCCCCUUUUCAGGUUGGUCAGCGCAUCCGGAGCAGCGAUGCGGAUGGAUUCAAGGGCACAGUGCGGUACGUCGGGCCUGUGGCUGGACAGCAGGGCACAUGGAUUGGCAUUGAGUGGGACGACCUUGAGAGAGGGAAGCAUGACGGAGAGGCAGGGGGCGUCAAAUACUUUCAUGUGGAGCAGCCCGGGGCUGGGUCGCUUGUGAGAAGUCACAAGAUUCAAGCAGGAAUAACGCUGGUUCAGGCGCUCAGGGCCCGCUACAAACCAUCCGAGGAAGCAGAGCGCACCGAAGAUUCGAAGGAGAUGUACAUUAUGUCGGUCCGUAACCGUCCGAUGCCGGUGGUGCUCGUCGGCCUGGACAAGAUCCAGCAGGAGCAGGGCCGCCUGGAGCGCCUGCAGCAAGCGGCGCUCAUCGAUGCGGGGGUGGACUCCGCAGGCCAGCCAGGGGAAAUCGGCGCCACAGCAAAAAACAUCGAGGAGCUCGACCUGACUGGGAACCUCCUGCACAGCUGGACGGUCAUUGGCCAGAUUGUUAGUGAGCUCCCAAAGCUUCGGGUCUUGAACCUCAGUCGCAACCGGCUGACGGCGUCGUUGGACAAUCUCGCCACAUCGUCCACGGCGCCAGUCUUUUCGGGGCUGACCACCCUCGUGCUCAACAACAGCGGCAUCACAUGGGCCUCGGUCACUGCACUCGGGCCCAGCCUGUCUUCCAUUCGAGAGCUCCACCUGUGCGGAAACGGGAUCCAGGACUUUGGCACCGGUCCGAUCGAGAACUUGCCUUCCUUAGAACUACUGGACUUGGAAGAUAACAAGAUUCGACGGUGGGAAGAUGUCCUCAAACUGUCGGCGCUGCGAAGCUUGACGUCGCUGUUCUUGAGUGGAAACGAGUUGACGGACGUCCGGUACCUGCAAGCAUCGGAGGCGCAUGGGGCGCCGUCCGGAAACCUACCGUUUCAAGGCCUGCAGUGCCUCCUCUUAGGGCGCAACCAGCUGUCGGAGUGGGCUUCCAUCGACUCGUUGGACCGGUUUCCUAGUCUCCAGGAGGUGCGACUGACAGACAACCCCCUGACCGACGCUCGGGGAGGCACCGCGGCCCGUUACAUGCUGAUUGCCAGGAUCGGGGGACUGACUUGCUUGAACGGAAGUAAUAUAUCUGCGCGAGAAAGGCGCGACUCGGAGGUCCGCUACGUCCGCCACGUCAUCGCACAGCAGCUCGAGGGGAAGGAAGACUCGGAACAUCCAAGGUUCGAGGCGCUGAAAGCGAAGUACGGCCUGGUAAUGGAAGACCUGACUGGAGGACCAGCAACGCAGAAGUCCCUGGCGGAUGAGCUGUGCUCUUUGAGCCUAACCUGCGUGGCGCCGGGCGCGGGGGAGCGCGCCCCUAUCGUCAAGAAGCUGCCGGCUUCUACCACCGUCGCCCGGUUACGGGUCUUCUGCGAGAAACUUUUCCGGGUUAAGGCGGACCGACAGCGGCUCUUCUUCACCACGGAGGACAGUCCGCACCCGACGUCUAUUGAUAGCGACGAGGACACACUGGGCAGUCUAGGCUUUGUUAGCAGCGCUACUAUCCUUAUCGACGAGGUGGAUGCGGCCAGUAUACGGCAGGAGCAGGCGGCCGCGCAGGCGGACCACGAGCGGCGGCUCCAACAGCAGCUCAAACAGGUUGAGCUCUUUACGAGCCUUCAGAAAGCCGAGGUAGAACAGGAGAAGCGGACUGUAGCGGGUCGGAGAGUGCCCUGAUUCCUUGCACAAUAUGGCAACGGUUAGAGCAGGUAGAGAAUACAUGCUGCGUAGGCGUGCUGUUAUAUGUUUAUAAGAUGAAGGCGUGCUGCCUAAUAGCAUUUUACAGGGUUCGACACCUUUGACGGGCACUGACGAAUGAGUGUCUGGCAUUUGAUCAGCCCUACAAGUUACUGGGUCGUAAUGGUCUGCACAGAGCCAUUACAAAUCGUCACAUCAUAA